AUGGAAGGCCAAACUGGAGUAAAAAGGGCCCGUUCGGAUGAGGACCCAAGAUUGGCUCCCUUUGAAGGGCUGCUCAGAGCGAGGGGGGUGACCGGCAUCCCCUGUGAGACACUACUGCAGGUGUUGACGAUCCUGCAGAUAAUACCCGCAGAUUUGCGGUUUGAAGACUACAUUUGGGCCACAUGGCAGGUCAUGGCCCGUCAUGCCGGACCAUUGAGCGGAGCCCGGAUAAGGGAGAUGGAGAGGACCGGGGUGAUCCCGGACAAGGUGUUGGACGCCCUCUGCCGGAUGGAGGAGGUGCUCCUCGUGGUGCACCCUCUGAAGUCUGGCGCACCGGUUAGGGCUUAUGGGAAGCCCGGGAAGAAAGUAGUGGAGGCCGCGGAGUGCUGUGGAUCGUACGCCGUAUUGGACGUACCGGCGGUAACACCACCCGCAACAGCAACCAUCAAAUACGGAAGAACACUAAACCGCCCAAUCCCAGCACACGGCAGGAAGAGACAUGCGUCAGAGCCAACCUUCACGCCACUACCCACCAUUAACGAAGAAGAAGAGCCGCUGCCAGGACCAUCAAGCCGGCCAGAUUUCCCAGCUGGACCGGCAAUAACAUCAUCACCUACGACUAACACUGCUGCUGCUGACAACAACUCACUUCUAACAAUAACUUCUAACUCACCGUCAACUUCACAUGACUCAACUAACUCCCCAGCUCAUUGUACAUAUAACUUUCGUCAUCCUCGCCGCGAGGCGAGUCCACUAACAAUACGUCUUAACCCGCGGUUUGAGGCCGCUAACAUUUCUAAUUUACCAACACAACACGCAGCCGAGCUGGUUAACACAAUACCAGCACCAUACAAAGUCGUUAACAACAAAGUCUUUUGCCAGCUGUCGGGCUGCGCCAGGCGUGCUACUCCGUUUUCCACGGUAGCCGCCUGGAAAAUACACGUGAGGCGGGCUAAGUGCCACGAAACUAACAGUACGUUGCGAAACAUUUUUUACAUUUUCAAAAUUGAUCGUCAUUUGUUUACAUUAGGUUUAUUUCCAUAUUCUGAACUGUUCAGCGUUCUGUACAUGGUGCGGGCACACCGUCAUCGUGCCCGAGGGCCUCUCGGCGAGGCAAAUAACAAUACGCAUGGACGCACACCGCGCCGAGAGGUGUGCGGCGGCGCCGAAGAAGGCGGUGGUCGCGAGGAUGGAUACCGCCGAGCGCCUCCAGGAGCUCGGCCGCGAUACAUCCUUUAUCGCGGUCCCUGGAGCGACCUCGGCGGCGGAAGUUGGAGUGGGCGCCGAAAGGAAGCGAAGGAGAACCAUGUAACAGAACAACUAACAAUCGUCGGCAGCAAUAACAUCGUCUAA